GUGUGUGCCGUACUUCACUUCAGUUUCGACUUGCCCCUUCUGACUGCACCAUUCUAUCCAGCUCUCCAUAGCAUUCUUCUCAUCACUUGACCUUCACCCCUUCUGAUGUCCAGAGUUCCCUUAGAGAAGCAACUGAAGCUCAGCUUGUUCAAAACUGAUACAAGGCUCUCACUGUCCUUAUUUGUCUGAGACACUCCAGCCAUUGACUGUCACAUCCGUUUUCAGAGUUUCCAAAAGGGAAGACAAGUCUGCGGGGUUUAUUUCAGUAACAGCGCCGGAGAGAUCUGCUCCAUACCUGGGACACAGGCUCACAACCAACAGGCUACUUUUACUGUCAAUUUGUAGAGCUGUGAUAGCCAGAAAACAGACGACAUCCCUCAACUAUGUCCAGCAUCCAUAUUUACCCCAAGCACGAGAAAUACAGAGGUGAGAAAUACAGAGUGCAUCUACCAUCCCUCACUGCCUUUCCAAAAGAGAGGAAAUCUCUAACAACAGGAACCACCAUGAGUUUGAAAAAACUAAAGUUCUUUAAGUUUAAAGGCUUUGGCAGUUUAACCAACAUCCCACGGAAUCUGUCACUACGACGAUCUUCAAGCAGUGCCCUUGAUGAGAAGAAGAAGCAAUUGGAAGGGAACCACUUGGGCCUCCAGAUUCAUCAGGAGAAAGGACAGGAAACGGUAGAUGAUUUGGAAACUAUACCACGGAGCCCCAGCUAUGCCCAUUCAAGUGAAAUGUACACCUACAUUGGCACAAUGCCACGCCGAAACUCCAACAGGGUGCAGAAACCAGUCAAAAGUCCCAGUACUUCAGAUGCACAGGCUGGAGGGAGGGGCAGACUGGGACCACUGCCACCAGUGCCAAACAGUGACCAAGGUGAGCCAUCAGGGAAGGGACCUGCACCGUCUGAGUCAGGUGAAGAGGUCACACCAGCUCAGGGAUGUCUGAGUCCCAGUUGUUCACAGCCUGUGUUCUCUGACUCCAAUGCAGCAAUGUCAAAUACUGCCAAACCCUCGGCCAAAUCAGACACACUUCAGAAUAAAAGUGACAGGUCUAUACCAGUUGAAUCACAAGUCAUGGAGACCCAAAGAAGAUUGAAUGCACCAGAAAACGCCAAUGGCCAGACCAAAACACUUUCGCCUGAAGAUGGGGCAAGCGAUAGCAAGAGUGAGCUAAUCGAUGACAGUAACUUACAGAACAUGGAUUCCAAGUCGGAAUAUGUCAAGAUCUAGGGAAAAGCUCAAGGCCCCAUUGUCAGGACAUCACCAGUUUGCAAACAGUAGGACAGAAGGGCAUACAGAUCAAGGAGGA